UUCCGAUUGCAGAAAAGGAGGGGGUUCCCAUGCCAAGGCAGAACUGUCUGGGACAGACGCUGCCCGGAUCCCUGUGGCUGCCUGCACUCUGGACCACGAGCUCUGAGAACAGCAGGUUGAGGGCCGGUGGGCAGCAGCUCGGAAGCUCCGCGAGGUGCAGGAGACGCAGGCAUGGCCGGUGAGCUGACUCCUGAGGAGGAGGCCCAGUACAAAACGGCUUUCUCCGCGGUUGAUAUGGAUGGAAACGGCACCAUCAAUGCCCAGGAGCUGGGCGCGGCGCUGAAGGCCACGGGCAAGAACCUCUCGGAGGCCCAGCUGAAGAAACUCAUCUCCCAGGUUGACAGCGACGGCGACGGCGAAAUCAGCUUCCAGGAGUUCCUGACGGCGGCGAAGAAGGCCAGGGCCGGCCUGGAGGACCUGCAGGUCGCCUUCCGCGCCUUCGACCAGGAUGGCGACGGCCACAUCACCGUGGACGAGCUCAAGCAGGCCAUGGCGGGGCUGGGGCAGCCGCUGCCGCAGGAGGAGCUGGACGCCAUGAUCCGCGAGGCCGACGUGGACCAGGACGGGCGGGUGAACUACGAGGAGUUCGCGAGGAUGCUCGCCCAGGAGUGAGGCUCCCCGCCUGUGUCCCCCUGGCUGCGCUCUGAGCCUUCAGGGCCACCGCGCGCUGCUGCUUUUGUGCUGGGACUCUCCGGGGAAACCUGGUCGGUGGAUGGGAAACUGCCUCCCCCUGGGAGGAAGGCUUUGCGCUCCGGGGCCUGGAUGCGGCGCCCUCGGGCCGCCUGCGAGCCCCUCUCUGCCUCCAGACCUUGGGCAGAAGGAGGCCUCCUUGGGCCUGGUCCCCCUUUGCCCUGCAGUGGAAUGAGGGUCCCUCAGCCCCGCAUUGAUCUAAAUAAAGGACUGCCGAGUUCCAUGUGUGCUUGGUGUUUGCGGGGCGGCUGCCUCCGAGGGCCCCCACCUGCUUCCAGGGUUUCUUUCAGCCCACCCCUCUCACCUGCGGUGGGAGAACUGCCUGGAGCAGGCCCCAGGGGCAGCUCCUCCCUCCCCUGACGCGGAGCAGAGGACAGGUGGGCAGAGGAUGUGUGAGGAUGGUGCUGGGCGGUGUCUGUGGCUCCAGGUUCUGCCUGAGCUGCUGGUGAGGACCUGGGCACGUGUCCUGCACAAACAGGAGCGGGCGCCUCGCAUGGACAGACGGAGCCCAGCUGCCAGCCUCUGCACGCAGCCUGCCUCUCUUCGGCUGCAAAUAAUAUACGUGUAUGUCUGUGUGUGCAUCUGUGUGUGUGUCUGUGUGUCUGUAUGUGUGUCUCUGUAUGUGUGCAUCUGUGUGUAAGUCUCUAUGUUUGUGUGUCUGUGUGUCCUUGUGUGCAUCUGCAUGUGUAUGUGUGUAUCUGUGUGUCUGAGUGUGUCUCUGUGUCUAUGUGUCUGUGUGUGUCCAUUUGUGUGUGUGUCUUAUCUGUGUGUCUGUGUCUGUGUGUGGCUUUGUGUGUGUAUCUGUGUGUGUGUGUCUCUGUGUCUAUGUGUCUGUGUGUGUUUAUCUGUGUGUGUCUGUGUCUGCGUGUGUGUCUGUGUAUGUGUUUGUGUGUGUCUGUGUGCCUGUGUGUCUGUGUGUCUGUGUGUUUGUGUGUGUCUGUGUGUCUGUGUCUGUGUAUGUGUUUAUGUCUGUGCAUAUGUGUCUGUGUAUGUGUAUAUGUGUGUCUGUGUGUGGCUCUGUGUGUGUAUCUGUGUGUCUAGGUAUGUCUGUGUGUUCGUGUGUGUGCCUGUGUAUGUAUCUGUGUGUAUCUGUGUGUCUGUAUAUCUGUGUGUGUGUGUGUGUCUGGGUAUGUCUUUGUCUGUGUGUCUGUGUAUCUAUCCGUGUGUCUGUGUGUCUAUGUAUGUGUGUGUCUGUCUGUCUGUGUCUGUGUCUAUGUAUCUGUGUGUCUGUGUGUGUCUAUCUGUGGGUCUGCAUGAAUGUCUGUGUCCGUGUGUGUCUGUAUGUGUCUGUGUGUCUUUGUGUGUGUCUGUGUGUGUGUCACUGUCUGUGUGUGUCUGUGUGUCUGUCUGUAUCCGUGAGUCUGUGUCUGUGUGUGCAUCUAUGUGUCUCUGUGUCUGUGUGUGUAUCUUUGUGUCUAUGUGUCUGUGAGUCUGUGUGUGUCUGUGUGUGCAUCUGUGCAUCUGUGUCUGUGUGUGUCUCUGUGUGUGUGUGUGCGUGCGUCUGUGUGGUUAGGGUUGGGGGAGGUGGGGAAAGGGCAGAGCAAGCGGGAGAAGGACGGGGCUGAACAGGCAGGGCCCUCCACCCUGACAGGGCACAGCCCUGUAUGGACUUGGGUUGUGUUGGUGCUGUGAGGUUUUAGAAACGAGACCCAGGCUCGCUCAUCACAGCCCGGCGUUCCCAGGGCUCCCUUUGUCCUGGG